AUGUUUUGCUGUCUGAAUAUACUGCCAGCUCCACUUCAGAUGUGCAUGGAAAUGUGCCUUGGGCAAGAUGUGACUGAGGAAGGCAAAAAGGCCAAAGUGAGAAGCUCCAAAAUAGAACAAGACCUCUCCGAGCAGGCUCAGAAUGAGAUGAAAGUGGUCAAAAUACUUAUGCUGGGAACUGCUGAGAGUGGAAAGAGCACUUUAAUCAGACAGAUCAAGAUCAUUCACAGUCACGGCUUCUCCAAACAAGACCUCAUCAGCUUUAAGCCUGCAGUCAUAGACAACCUUCUCACUUCUAUGAAGUUUGUCCUCCAAGGAAUGGGGAUGCUAAGGAUAAACCUGGCAGACGAGAUGAACAAGAGUCACGCUCGCUCCAUCCUGUCAUGUCGCCAAUGUUUGGGCAACGACCAGGAGUUGCUUCCCUUUGUGGCUCAUGCUUUCUGCGCGCUGUGGGCCGACCAGGGGGUGCGAGCGGCUGCCACCAGAGGUUACGAGUUUGAACUCAAUGACUCUGCCCUCUAUUUCUUCCAAAACAUGAGUCGAAUCAUCGCCCCCAAUUACACCCCCACCGAGCAAGACGUUCUCCGAGUGAGAGUGAGGACCUGCGGCAUCAUCGAGACGCACUUCCAAGUUGAUGACAUUGUAUUCCGGUUGUACGACGUGGGCGGCCAGCGUAGCGAUCGAAGGAAAUGGCUGCGUUGUUUUGACGACAUGCAGGCUUUGCUGUUCGUCGUAGCUCUGAGCAGUUAUGACAUGUCUCUUCCUGAAGACCCAACCGUGAACCGGCUGCAGGAAAGUUGUGAACUUUUUACGUCUAUCUGCACCAACUCCAUCUUCAAGCUCACCUCAGUGAUUCUGUUCAUGAACAAAACUGACCUUUUCCAGGAGAAGAUACUCCUCUCUGGAAGACACCUGAGAUUCUACAUUUCUACUUUUCAAGGAGCAGAUGCAGACGUGGACGCUGCAGCUCGCCACAUCACCACCAUGUUCUUGACAAGGAAUGCAGACAAUCGGCUCAUAUUCCACCACUUUAUCACGGCUAUCGACACCGCCAACAUCCAAGCGGUUUUUCAGGUUGCCAUAGAACAGAUAAUGAAGCACAACCUCGCAACAACUCAGCUCCUCUAA